UAUCAAAAUAUAAUUGAAUUGUUGUUUUAUUUUUAAAAUUGCAUGUAGUAUUUAUGCAAUUUGAUGAAUUACAAUAUUCCUUUAGUAUGUUUAAUAUUUGUGAUUAAAUAAUCAAGUAAUUAAACGAGACCAUGAUUAUUUUGAAAAUCGUUAUAAUUUUAUACUUGAUGCAUUUAUUAGCCACGUCGGAACAUAAGGGUUUCAUUUAUCCUAAAUUCAUAACAUCUGUAAAAGAUUUAGGAGCCCAUUUCAAAGUAGCUAAAAUAACAAAUUCACUUUAUUUUCAACCCAUUGAUAAUAAAUGGAGAAAAAAGAAAUGUAAAAGCUUAGGACUUAAAUUUAAAGAAUCGAUAUUAUACGACACAAAUAUUGAGCGUCGAAAACUAACAUUAUCCACGUUUCCAUAUGAUUUAUACAAAGUAGAAAAACUUAAUUCUCUAUACAAAUCAUUGGCUUAUGUAAUUUGUGGAAAUGAAAAGUUAUAUGCAAAAAUACAAAGAAAAGUAUUUGUAACUAUCAAAAAUAGUAAGAAGUUCAAAAAGUAUAUGAAUGGGAAACUUGAUUUAUACUUAAAUGGACUUGGUAAUGUUUCCAAAAAAGGAGGGGUACGAUCGUCCCGUUGUCCAAGCCACGAGUCGCCACUGAUCUAAUGAAUGAAAUUACUGGUCUAUACAACUUUUAGAUCAGUACUUCUGAGUUAUAAAAAAUUAAAAGUAACAACUGACAUUGAAGAGUGGAUGCUAUUUUUAUCACUAGCCAUUUCCUGGCCCCACUCUUUGUCCCACUUAGGUUUAAGAAUGAAAAUAACAUCCAUAUUACUAGUCCAAAAGUUGUUGUUGACCAAUCAUUUUUUUAAUUAGAUAAUUUUCUAUUUUAUAAGUUAAUUAAAUAUUUAUGUUACCAUUUAGAAAAUUAAUGUUGACAUUCCUAAACAUUUUAGUGG